AACGCUUACCUAACGCCAUUCAAGUGAGAUAAGAAAGACACAAGAUAAUAUACUCUGACUUCAAGAUAAUCCAUCUGUGCACACUGGAGUACCAAGGAGCCAAUGUGUGGAAGGCACAGGUCGCUUACACUCGCAAGACCACAACACAUAUUGGCUACGAUUUAGUUUCUGGCCGUCUUUGCUGGCGAUGCUACCUUGCUGAUACGACAGUGACAAAUCAUAGCUCAUGUGGGGAAGCUGUGAGACGACGGACAUCCCACAUCCAGGGCUGCAGCAAGAGAAGGGGAAUUGAUUGAGGUUGCGAGGCGACUGUGAGGCAGGUCAGGGCUUCUUGUGGGUCUGAAAAAGCAGAAGAGAUUCCAAACGCUCCAACAAAAUGAGCAAGCAACAGAAGCAGCGGGAAGUGCCGCUGCUGAUCUCCACCAUGAAGCCGAAGAAGGAGGAGGACGUCCGGCUGCGGAAGAUGGUGGAGGCCGGAGAAAUUGUGUUCGCGGAGGAGGAGAUCGAGGAGACCCUCUGCGGCAUCGGGGCGUGCAAGCCGGCGUGGCUGCAGCGCCUGGCCACGAAGGAGAUGUACCUGGCGGUGUACAUCUUGGUGGCGCUCGUCCAGGGGAUGUUCUUCGCGUACUCUGUCUCUGUUAUCUCCACUAUCGAGAAGAGAUUUAAAUUCACAAGCAAACAGACAGGUAUCUUGCUCUCCGGAAACGACAUCAUCCCAAGUUUCUGCUGGGGCCAUCUUCCUCAGUUACUACGGCAUUUUUCGGCCACACGCCCGCGUUGGUUGGGUGUGGGCGUGAUGUUCACCGCUGCCUCCUGCUUUCUCCGCCGCCCUUCCCACCUGAUGUACGGCGGACAGGAUGCUAUAAACCUCGCUGACGCCACCACUUUUGACGUCAGCGCCUUCGCCAAUAGCUCUGUCGCCGCCCAGCCUAAGAAUGAAGGCAUAUCAACUUUCUUCCUAAAUCGGAGAAGAGGAGCUCAUGGGCACAAAGCGCGAGGUGGACACGUGCAAAGGAGGAAGGGGGCGGCGUAUCUGGGCCCAUGUAUCUUGAUGUUCCUCGCGCAGUUCUUCGUCGGCAUCGCCAUCAGCAUCUUCUUCACCGUUGGCGUCACGUACCUCGACGACAACAUCAGCAAAAAGACAUAUCCUAUCUUUUACACUCUCGUGUCCCUCCUGAGAGUGCUGGGCCCCGUGUUCGGCUUCGUGCUGGGCGGUCGCUGCCUCUCGCUGUGGAUCGACCCGUCCAAGAAGCCCAACAUCAGCCAGAAGGAUCCCCGGUGGCUCGGGGCGUGGUGGAUAGGUGGGGUCCUUCGCCUCGGGGAGUUGCGGGGAAUUCUUAUAAACUUUCCUCAACUCAUACUCUCAAGAGUGGCCAAGAAAGAGAGAGAGAAAACGGAAUCUCGACCGACAAUCAAAAACCUAAUAAAAGCCCUCCGGCGACUUUUCACGAAUCGCAUCUGGACGGGCAACCUGUUCAACGCCAUCUUCACCCUCCUCGGCGUCUCGGGUUACUGGAGUUUCAAGCCCAAGUACAUGGAGAAUCAGUUCCGGAAGAGCGCUACGGACGCAAACUAUUUUACAGGUAUGUCCAGCCUGAUCGUAUCCGUCGUCGGGGCGGCCGUGGGCGGCAGUGUGAUCAGAUGGGUGCGCCCGAGGCCAAGACUCAUCAUGGGAUACAACAUCUUCACGACCAUCGUUGGUUGCGCGGGUUUCAUCGCACUCAUGUUCGUGGGCUGCCCGAGACUCGAAGUGGUCGGGCCUGUGGACGGCAACGUCGGACCCCAGUGCUCGGCGGACUGCGGCUGCACCGAGAAGUUCACGCCGGUCUGCUCGGAGGACCAGACCACGCUCUUCUACUCGCCCUGCUACGCCGGCUGCUCCCUGGCCAACGUCACGGCCGAUCCCAUCACUUACACCGGCUGCAGAUGCAUCCAGAGCUCACCCUCCGUCUCUACCUCGCCGCCCGCCAUCAACGUACCCCCACAGGACAACAGCACCUGGGGUUUUGUCACGAGAGGUUACUGCCCAGAACCCUGUGACGGAUUCUUCUACUAUAUGCUCACUCAGAUUAUUGUGCAGACGGUGUCCUCAGUCGGUAGGAUAGGGGGCAGCAUUGUCCAGCUCAGAGCCGUGGCGGAGGAGGACAAAGGAAUCGCCCUGGGCACCCUUACCGUGUUCAUCAGUCUGUUCGCCUUCAUUCCGGCUCCUAUUAUCAUGGGCGCCAUCAUAGAUUCGGCUUGUCUUGUGUGGGAUACCUCCUGCGGCAGGACCGGGAACUGUUGGCUCUACGACUCCGACAAAUUCAGGAAAAUCCUUCACUUGGUUCCUGCAGUGCUGAUGUUCAUAUCCUUGUUCGGAGACUUCGUCAUGUUCUGGUACAGCGACCGACUCGACCUCUACGGGUUGAAGGCCGAGCAGGAGCUGGAAUUGAAGAAGGUCGAGGGCGAGCCGGAGGAGAAGAAACCACUGAAGACAGAGGACGAGGCAAAGGAGAAGAAAGUCGGGUUAUUGGCUUAGGCUUCGGACUCCUGUUGAGUGUUUGUGGAGAUCGCGACAAGUUGAAACUUACAAGACUUGCAGGAUAUUUGUUUAUAGAAUAAAAAUGUGUUUUUUC